CUGACAUCAACUAAUUAAAAUGCGCAUACAUUAAACUAUACGAAAUAUUAGUCUCGAUUCCGCGGCCCAACUACCAACAUGUUGGCUCUUAUCGCUUUCUUAAAGAUCGCGUUGUUUUUGCCUCCGUUUUUUGUCAAAGUUCAAUCGGUUUCAUUUUCGUCAGCUGAUGUUUUUGAUCAUGAUUCUAACAUCACAUCAAAAUCACACAUACGUUUGCCAAGCGCAUUAAUACCCACUAAAUACUAUGUGCACAUCAAUACCCGUAUUCACGAAAACAUUCGUCCAUUCAACGGAAAUGUCACUAUCGAACUUAGGGUAAUUGAACCUACCGAUGAGAUUGUUUUGCAUGCAAAAUAUCUUUAUGAUUUUGAAGUUUCACUGAGAAAUCUUAAAACUGGUGAAGAACUUGAAGGAUUGCGAUUUGUUCAUGAGCAUAAAUUGAAUUUCUUGAGAAUAUUUGGAGUUAGAAAAGAACUUAACCUAAAGCCAGGAGAACUAUAUCGUUUGGAGAUUUUGUUUGGAGGCACACAUCAAGAUGCAAACUAUGGAUUCUACAUGGACUCUUAUUUGGAUGACAAAGGGCAGGAGAUUCCUCUAGCAAUAACGCAAUUUGAACCUACAAAUGCUCGAAUGACAUUUCCAUGCUUCGAUGAACCACACCUCAAGUCUCGAUUCAUAAUCACAGUAACACAUGGAAGCAACUAUACAGCCUUGUCAAAUAUGCCAGUGGAUGGAGUUCCGAUUCAAAAUGCUGACACGAAAAUGACCACUACAACUUUUCUUAAAACUCCUAAAAUGUCAACUUAUCUUGUUGCCUUUGCAGUCACUAAUUACCACCAUAUCAGUGAAAUUGUCAAUAACCGCGAACAUCGAGUAUUUUUCCCACCAAAUUCCAAAGACAAUGGAAGUCAUGCUCUGAAAAAUGGUAUCUCAAGCCUAAGUGCCCUUGAAAACUACUUCGGAAUUGAAUAUCCAUUGCCAAAGCUCGAUCAUAUUAGAGUUGAAAAAACUUAUGGCAUUGCUAUGGAAAAUUGGGGUCUUCUAACUUACAAUAACAAAAAUUUCGUCACAAACAUUCGUAAUAAUUCAUUGGAAGAAGUUCAUAAGAUCAUAUCACAAAAUCAUGAAAUCGCUCAUCAAUGGUUUGGAAAUUUAGUUUCACCGAAGUGGUGGACUUAUGUUUGGCUUAAGGAAGGCUUUGCAGUGUAUUUUAGCUAUGUUGCAACGCAGUUGAUCUUUCCCGAAAAGAACAUGGACAAAUAUUUACUUUCGAGAGAAAUGCGUGAGGCUUUUAAGCAUAGCUAUCACCAUCCAAUGACAAGCUACGUUGAAGAAGAAUUUGACAUUAGGAAAGCUUACAAUAUGGUCUCCUAUAGAUUCGGUGGCUGUUUCGUACGAAUGUUCCAUCACGCUAUUGGUCAUAAGACUUUCAUCAAAGGUGUUGCUCUUUAUCUAACAAGAUUCCAAUACUCCGUUGCUGAUGAAAAUGAUCUCUUUAAAGCUCUCCAAGAAGCUGUUGAUGAGGAUGGGGUCGAACUGUUUCAAAAUAACCGAACAGCGACUAUUAUGCGCUCCUGGACACAUAACAUUGGAAUACCAAUCGUAAUGGUCACAAGGAACUUCGACAAUGGAACGAUAACAAUUCGACAAAAAUCCAAAAAGGACUCAUCCAAAGACAAGUGGUGGAUUCCCUUGAGUUUUGCCACUGCUUCACGACCCGAUUUUGAGAAAACUACUGCUGAUUACAUAUUGCCCCCAGAAGAAGAAGUGACUAUAAGCCUUCUAGAAGAUCUUAGUCUAAACGUUACAAACUCUGAUUGGCUAAUUGUUGACAAGCAGCAAACUGGACUCUAUCAUGUAGUCUACGAUGAUCAAAGCAUGCGUCUUAUAGCUGAAUCCCUGAAUAAGGACCAUAAGCAGAUUCAUCUUUUCAAUCGUGCCAAAUUUCUUCGGGACCUUGUCGAUUUAGAGGAUAGAAAUGCCUUCUCUGUGGACACUUUGCUCGAUGUCAUUCAGUACCUCAAAUACGAAGAAGACCUUCUGGCGUGGGAAUAUGCAGCUGACUUAAUUUUACUAUUCUACCAUCAGCUACAUGGCAGCCGGUCCCAUGAAAUGUUCAAGUCCUUCAUUCGUGAUUUGGUUGGAGAUGUUUUCAAAAAAAUCUACAGUCGUUCAAAAGAUGAUCUCUCCUUAUCCGUGUCACUUAAGGACAAGAUCCUUAAAAUUGCUUGUGAAGUCGAUUUGACGGAUUGCCUUCAUUAUACUCAAAAGCUUACCAGUGAUUAUUUUCUAAACGAACUAAAUGAUGAACAUUUAAAAUCGGACUUCACCCUAUGUCAAGGCCUCAAAACAGCUGCUUUUGAGGAAUUCAAGAAGUUGGUCACAAAAAUUACUACUCCCGAUGGGAGUAUUGUGAAAUUCUAUGAGUUUUUAUUCUCAUUGAAAUGUGUGAGAUCAUUGGAAAAUAUUCGAUAUUUUCUCGAUAUCAUGUCCAUGGAUAUUCCAACCGAUACAUCACAACGUCGGAGUAAAUAUGCAAGGACACAAGCUCUGUCAAUGUUGUAUUUAUUAAAUCAUGAGGCGAGACCAAUGAUUUUUGAAUUUCUAGUGCAAAAGGAUAAACAAACUGCUAUGGCGAUUCGUGACGGAGCAACUAAUAUGGAAGGAAAAAAUGAGAACGAAAUGUCAGCAAGAAAGAUAUUCCAGAGAAAAUAUGAGGAAAAUAUCAUAAAAUGGCUUGAGAAAUACAAUGCAAAGAGAGAAUUAGCACGGACGAGUGACAGUAGUACUUACAAAAGUAUAGCAUAGGAAAAGUAUACAACUAAAACAUUUAAGGAUAUUAAAAUUGAAAUAAUUUAAUUUUUAAAA